GACAGUGACACUGACAAGAUAACCUCAAAAAUAAUAAUAGUAUUUAUAAUAGUUAAUUUUUAAAGAGAUUCUCUUUCCCGUAAUGAAAAACGAGCCCCUAAUUUGCUUACCUGGUCAGAGACUCUCGAUCGCUGACGAAACUUACACCUCGGGUCAAGGCACUUACCAAAGACAAGGGUACAUUUACUCGAUGCUCGCUGGUAUUGUCGAUAUCGUAGAGCAAAAUGGGGUGAAGGUUAUUGAGGUGCACAGAUCUGGGGAACAGACCAUUAUUCCCGCUCAGGGAGAUAUCGUAACUGCUCAGGUAAGCAUUAUCACUCAACAAUAUGCAAGAUGCUUCAUUAAGUGUAUAGGCAAUACUGUCUUAAGGAGCCUUUUUAAAGCGGUACUAAGAAGAGAGAACAUUCGAGCCACUGAAAAAGACAAAAUAGAUAUUUACAAGAGCAUUCGACCGGGGGACAUUAUUUUAGCGAGAGUGUUGCCCAUAACUGAAGCUCACUCGUAUCAAAUAACUACGGCAGAAAACGAGUUAGGGGUAGUUAUAGCCCAUAGCGAGCACGGGUACCCCAUGAUACCCAUCAGUUGGACCGAGAUGCAGUGUCCGAAGACUUUGAUAAAGGAACCGAGGAAAGUGGCCAAAGUUAUACCGGAAAAUGUGAUAAUGGAGCAGGAUUCGAAUGUUGAUAAUAAUUAUUGUAAUAAAUGAAUAAAUUUUUGUUUGA